CUCGGGUGACGAUCUGGUAGUAGGGCACGUCCCUCCUCCUUCUUUUCAUUCUCAGUUCUCUUCGUCUAAGAUUUCAUCGAAUCUCAAAGGGGAAUUCAUCUUACAUACCGAGUCCUCUGUUAAGUCUUAAUGCCCCUAAUCUGACCCUCGUUUCGCUGUACUUUCUGGGUUUAACUUCCGCGUGGUUGUCGUAAAUCUUUCAAGAUCCAAACCUAUUUUGACUACUUAUUCAGCUGCUCGGGUUCAUUCUCUUCCUAAGAUGUCUGAAAAUUCUGAGGGCACUUCAUCUGCAUUAAAUCGGUCUAAUUCUCAGGUUUUUGAGGACACUGCCCUGCUAGCUGACCACUCAGUCCGGACUGCAGUAUGUGCUCUCUGCCAAAAGGCCCUAUCGCCUGAUAUUGAGAUUAUAAAUGAUCUUGCACCUAUUGGUUUAUGUGGUGAUUGUAAAUUUUUAUUACUUGAAGACGUUGGGACACAUUCCCAAAACCCCCAAAGAAUGCAUAGGGCAGGAUCCAGGAACAGCAGUUCUGAAUCAAUUGAGAAUGGCUUGUCACGUCAGCUUCCCGGUAUGGCUAAUUCUGUGAGACAAAAUCAAUCAUCUGCAUCUGCACUGGAUGAUCAGCCUGCUGAUGGCAAUACGCCCUCUUGGCUAUCGCAGUAUGGUAGUGCCCAUACUACCCCUAGUGAGUCUCGAAGAUGGAGGCGGGUUUUCUCUGAUACUGAUAGUGAUGGUUUUGAUAACUGGAGUUCUCUUUAUGGGGAGAAUGAAUCAAAUGCAAGUAUUAGGCGCUACAGAGUCCCCAGUGGUGAGACUGAUUCCUUCUCUUUCAGUGCUUAUGGAGCUGAGUCUGAGGUAUCGAUGGAUAGAUAUAGUUUUGUGGGUACAGGAAUCUUAAAUUUACCAGAUGAGGGAGAUGAGUUUGAUAGUGACACUGAUAUAGAUCCAAUGCAUGCUGGCCUUAGCCAUUGGAAUUCUGAUGAUAUGGAAGAAGAGGAUGAGGAUGAGGAAGAGGAAAGGGAAUGGGAAGUAGCUGAGGCUGAGGAAGCGGAAGCCACUGCCCGCCUUCAAAUAUUUUUUACCUCAAGUCCAAGUGAGAGAAGUGACCUCAUUAACUGGGGCCCACAGUUUAAUUUUCCUGAAUCUGAGGAAUUAUUAAGUAGGAGAGUUAGGGAUAGAUGGCAAACUUACACUGAUCACAGCUCCAAUUACUUGGAGGAGGCACGUUCACCUCCUUAUGGUGCAAAUUUUGGGGAUUAUCUUGAUGCUAGGCAAUUUGAAAAUCUGCUAGAGCAUCUUGCUGAGAAUGAUAACUCAAGACGAGGAGCACCUCCUGCAGCAGUGUCUUUUGUACAUAGUCUGCCCUGUAUUGUUAUAAGCAAAGAACAUGAGAAGCAUGAUGAACUUGUAUGUGCCAUUUGCAAGGAUGCCUUGUCCAUAGGCGCUGAAGUAAAUCAGCUUCCCUGCUCUCACCUUUAUCAUGCCUGCUGCAUUUUGCCAUGGUUGAGUGCACGGAAUUCAUGCCCUCUUUGUCGUUACGAGCUCCCUACAGAUGAUAAGGAGUAUGAGGAAGGAAAGCGCAAUAUUGACAUUAGAAGUGAGAUCCAUGAAGCGCAGCAGCUAAAUGUGAUGGAUGGCAAUUCUUCUGAUGGAGCUGAAGCAAAUGAAGAGGAUGGUACUAUCCAAGCUGGAGGACAGCAAAGUGAGCUUGUGAACAUGGUUCCUGUAGUUAAUCCUUCUGCUGGGAGGGGCGGUAGAGGAAGAUGGUUUUUCUUUGCUGCUGCUCCAAUUGUUAGUCUAGUGGGUAUUGUUAUUGUCUUAUGGUUAGGCAACCCUCUAAUUGAAGGUAGUAGACAAUUGGGUUGCCACAAUUUACAGGGGCAAAAUCAGCAUCAGGUUCAUGUUUCUGCCUCACCCAACCAUAGGGAGGAUAGAAGCAGAAGAUGGUGGUGUCUCUUCUAAGUAUUUAUUGUUCAGUAUUAUUUCCUUAAUGGUUAUUUAUGGCUGAUUCUGUAUUCUUGUUGGGAUGAUCACGCAUUAGCUGGUCUGCGUGGUGUUCAGUUAGCGGAGGUUAACCUGGAAAUUGCAAAGGUUUUCCUUGCUUUAAUUAGUGUCAUGUGCUUUUCCUCCUAUCAACUUUCCAGUUUCUCGCUAUGCUUACAAGUUUUGUGAAUAGGUAUGAUUUAUGAAUUUCAAAAUGUUUUCGUGGCA